AUGGCUUUUUUCCAAUCUGAUCUCGACCCUAUUUAUCUCCGUGAAAACCAUCGCCAGGUACUCUUUUCAAAGCAGCAAUCAUCUAGUCAGAUAGAUCAGCAACAUCUGCAACAGCAGCCUUCGCUAUUCAUCACAUCAUCCACACGAGUCUUUCAGCACUUGUUCAAGACGUCUCCUGAUGAAAAGAAACCAAAAACUGCUACUACGGAUCCCAUGAAUCGACUUGUCUCUUUCCACCUGUAA